AUGAAUAAGUAUUAAGUCUUGAGCAUACUUGAAGAAGCUGAUUAUUUUAAACUUUAUAAGUGUCUUAAUAAAGAAACAUAAAAAAUUAUAGCUAUUAAGGCAUACAAAUUAAAUAUCAACUAAGUCGAGGAAAAAAAACGGAUAGAGAGGGAAGUAAAGAUUAAGAAAAUGCUACAUCACAAAAAUAUAGUUGAUAUAAUUGAAAUUUGUUAAAAGAAUAAUGAAAUAUACAUUGUUGAAGAGUAUGUAGAAAUUAGCUUAUCAAAUUAUCUUAAAUAGGGAAGUUAAUAAAAAGGAUUAGAUUAAAAUGUCAUUCCAAAUAUAAUGUAUUAGGUUUUAUCAUCUAUAAAUUAGUGUCACAAAUAUGAUAUUAUUCAUUAAAAUAUUAAACCUAUGCAUAUAUAUAUCAAUCCUUCAAAUUAUGAGUUAAAAUUAAAUGGAUUUCGUUUAGCUAGAUAAUUACCUUAAAAAGGUGAAAUAGUUACAGAUUAUGUAGAAGCAAGAUGGUAUAAAUCACCAGAGUAUCUUUUAGAUUACAGAAAAUACGGAAAACCGGAAGAUAUUUGGGCAGCUGCUUGUGUCAUGGCAGAAUUAAUUGAUGGUGAACCUUUAUUUCCUGGUUAAGGAGAAAUAGAUUAAUUUUAUAGGAUUGUAUAGGUGAUAGGUCCACUUACAAAUUAAUAUGAGAAUUUAUUCAAAAAAAAAUAUAAAGAUUUAAAAUUUCCAAUUAUUAAAAAUUUUAAUUCUAUUGAAUUGAGAUAUCAAGGCAAAAUUAAUGCUGAAGGGCUAGAUUUAAUGAAAAUGAUGCUUAAAAUGAAUCCAGACGAAAGAAUAACAGCUGAAUAAUCUUUAAGUCAUCCUUUCUUUGAUAAAUUAAAAUCAAAAAUUGAUAAUGAAAAGGGAGCUUUUAUAUAAAAUAAAUUAUCUAAUCAAAUAAAAGAAAACUUAAAGAAUUAAGCUCACUAGGAUUUAUAAAAAAAUUGA